AUGGGUAGUUCUCGUCUGAUGGAGAUGCUGCUGCUGCUGCUGACCGGGUUGGUGAUUGCUGGGUCCAGACUCGAUGCGGAAGCUCUGUCGACGAAUUACUACGCAGCCUCCUGCCCUUUCGUGGAAAUAAUAGUCAGAGACACAGUAAAUCAAGCUCUCCGGAGGGAUCCCACACUCUCUGGGCCGCUUUUGAGGAUGCACUUCCACGACUGCUUCGUGGAGGUGGGUUUAGGGUCUAGACUUCUUCUUCUUCUUCUUCUUCAUCCUCUACCUCUUCUUCAGCGAUCUUCUGACUAUGACUGGUGCAGGGAUGCGAUGGCUCCGUUCUGAUCGAUAGCACGAGGGGUAACAAGGCAGAGAAAGACUCUCCUCCGAAUCUAAGCCUGCGGGGCUACGAGGUCAUCGACCAGGCAAAGAGGGCCGUAGAACAGCGUUGCCCGGGAGUCGUCUCUUGCGCUGACAUCGUCGCCAUGGCGGCCAGGGAUGCAGUCCUCUGGGUAAAUGACCAGAUAGUCUAAAUUCGGAGUCUGCGACUAAAACGUUGACUUUCAUAGUUAAACCCGCCGUUGUUGCCGUCCUCCAGGCCGGAGGUCCGAUCUACGACAUCCCCAAGGGCCGACUGGACGGCCGGAGAUCCAGAAUAGAAGACACCAUCAACCUGCCUCCCCCGACUCUCAACAGCUCGGCCCUCAUCAAGAUUUUCGGUCAACGCGGCUUCACAGUUCAGGAGAUGGUCGCCCUGAGCGGUAACGUUCGAAUUACGUCUUUUCUAUUUCCGGCUCGAGACGUCUGACGGCGAUCGCCAUUUCAGGGGGGCACACUCUCGGGGUGGCGCGGUGCUCGUCGUUCAAGAACCGGCUGAGCAACUUCGACUCAGUCAACAGGGUUGACCCGUCCCUCGACCAGAGCUUCGCCAAGACACUGGUCAAAGCUUGCGCCGCCGGCGACAGCUCCGAGGUGUCCUUUGACUCGACGAGGACCUUCUUCGACAACGCCUAUUUCCGGGCCAUUCCUGUCGGAGGCGGCCUCCUGAGCUCUGACCAGACACUGUUCUCAAGCCCGGAGACGAGGGGCCUGGUGGACGCCUACGCCAUGAACCAGGCGAGGUUCUUCUUCGACUUCUCGCAGGCCAUGGUGAAAAUGGGAUUGCUCAACGUCAAAGUCGGCGCCGGCGGGGAGGUCCGCCGGGACUGCCGCAGGGUCAACUGA